GAACACCACACUACACAGUUAAACACAUUCUUUUUUUCUAUUGUAGACUCAGCCUCAAGUCUUCCAUGCUUAUUGUGAUGAAGGGGUUAUGUUAUUAUUGUUAUUAUUAAUGUUUAUUUUAAAAUGUCGUGCUGUGUGCCAGGAUGUAACACAUCCUAUUGGAAGAAGGAGACAAAAAAUAUUAGUCUAUAUGAACCUCGCACGGAUAGGCAAAUGAGAGAUUGGUCAGAAAUACUUUUAAAAAAAGUAGGUCUUGAAAAAUUGAAUAAAACAUAUAAAAUCUGUAUAUUACAUUUUAAAGAAGAUGUAAUUGAAAGAGAAAGAAAUGUUUUCAAACGUGGUGGCAAAGUUUUUAAAGAAAAAAGAAAAAGGCCGAUUUUGUCAGAAUUUGCUGAUCCAUCGAUUUUUUCAGAAAAAUCGAAAUUUUCUAAAAAGAGGAAAAAUGACUAUUGUAUAAAGUUAGACCCUGAAGUUUUCAAUCGUCAGAGAGUAAUAAAUGUUGCGUUAGAAAAUAAUGAAAACUGUGAAAAACAUAGCAAGAUGCAGUUAAAAGAACAGAGCCACAACGAUCGCGAUAAUGUUAAGAAUCACACAAUAAAAUCGAAAGUAGGGAUAAAACGCAAAAUGGAAAUAAUUAACGACAUUGACACAGAAGAUAUAAAGAGACCAAAGUUAAUAGAAAGCAAUAAUUUUUACGAGGAUGUUGUUAACGCUAUAGAUAAGAAAGACAAAAUUUCUGAAUACUUGAAUAAAUUAUGGAUUGCAAAUAUUAAUAACAGUUACUGCGUAUCCUGGAGUUUUUGGAAAGAAGAUUACUCGGUGUGUUUAAAGAGGAUUGUACUUCACAACGAUUUAAAAGUGGAUGUAUAUAUUAAUGAAAAACCUAUUUCAUUGCCAGAAAUGAAUAAUAUAAAGGGAAUGUUAGAAUUUGAGAAUUUAUUAAAAACUGUAACAGAAAUCUUGCCUUGUAUGAAAGUGGAAGAUAAGACAUGGUGAGAAUAAAAUUAAAUAUAUGUAUAUAUAAAAUAAUUUUUUUAUUACAUUGCUUUUAAAAAUUAGUUAAGAUAAAUGUGUCUUGGAUUUGUGAGGAAAUAACAUAAUUUUGUUACUAUUGUAUGUAAUAAUUCAAAAAAUAUGUUUCAUCAUUAAUAAAAAGCUAUAAUUUA